ACCCCUCUCUAGGGUUUUUCAUUUUCACUGUCCAGCAAUUCUCCGACACCAUCGACGAUGUCUCUCCGGCCGAGCGCGAGGACCGAGGUUCGACGGAACCGAUACAAGGUGUCUGUAGAUGCGGAAGAAGGUCGGAGGCGGAGAGAAGACAACAUGGUUGAGAUCCGAAAGAAUCGGAGAGAAGAGAGCUUGCAGAAGAAGAGACGCGAAGGCCUUCAGGCCCAGACGUUACCUGCGUCAAUCCAUUCUGCUGCUGUUGAAAAGAAGUUGGAAUUUUUACCAUCCAUGGUUGCUGGUGUCUGGACUGAUGACAGUAACAUACAACUUGAGGCAACUACACAAUUUCGAAAGUUGCUUUCAAUAGAGCGUUGUCCCCCAAUUGAGGAAGUUAUUCAAUCUGGCGUUGUUCCUCGUUUUGUUGAGUUUCUUGUGAGGGAGGACUUCCCACAGCUUCAAUUUGAAGCAGCAUGGGCUCUCACAAACAUUGCUUCUGGGACAUCUGACAACACUAAGGUGGUAAUUGAUCAUGGGGCUGUCCCGGUGUUUGUGAAACUUCUUGGUUCUCCAAGUGAUGAUGUUCGUGAACAGGCUGUGUGGGCCCUAGGAAAUGUUGCCGGUGAUUCCCCCAGAUGCCGUGAUCUUGUCCUUGGCCAUGGGGCUCUGCUUCCUUUGCUAGCACAGUUGAACGAACAUGCAAAGCUGUCUAUGCUCAGGAAUGCUACUUGGACACUUUCAAAUUUCUGUAGGGGCAAGCCACAGCCUCCUUUUGAUCAGACAAAGCCUGCUCUUCCAGCACUUGAGCGUCUUAUUCACUCAAAUGAUGAAGAGGUGUUAACUGAUGCAUGUUGGGCACUGUCUUAUCUUUCUGAUGGUACAAAUGACAAAAUUCAAGCUGUUAUUGAAGCGGGUGUAUGUCCUAGGCUUGUUGAGCUUUUACUUCACCCAUCUCCUUCUGUUCUCAUUCCUGCACUUCGCACAGUUGGAAACAUUGUCACUGGAGAUGAUAUGCAAACCCAGUGCAUAAUCAACCAUCAGGCACUCCCUUGCCUUCUGAACCUGUUGACUAAUAACCAUAAGAAGAGCAUCAAGAAGGAAGCUUGUUGGACUAUUUCAAAUAUCACAGCUGGAAACAAGGAGCAGAUUCAGGCUGUAAUUGAGGCAAACAUAAUUGGUCCCCUUGUUCAUCUGCUUCAAAAUGCUGAGUUUGAUAUCAAGAAAGAGGCUGCUUGGGCAAUCUCAAAUGCUACAUCUGGUGGUUCACAUGAACAAAUCAAGUACCUAGUUAGUCAAGCAUCCAUCAAGCCCUUGUGUGAUCUUCUGGUCUGCCCUGAUCCACGGAUUGUCACAGUUUGUUUAGAAGGGCUUGAGAACAUCUUGAAGGUUGGAGAAGCUGAGAAGAAUUUGGGCAGUACUAGAGAGGUAAAUCUCUAUGCUCAGAUGAUUGACGAUGCUGAAGGGUUGGAAAAAAUUGAGAAUUUACAAAGUCAUGACAACACUGAGAUCUAUGAGAAGGCAGUGAAGAUUCUUGAGACAUAUUGGUUGGAAGAGGAGGAUGAGACCAUGCCUCCAGGUGAUUCUUCCCAACCAGGGUUCCGCUUUGGUGAGGUUCCUGUUCCCACUGGUGGCUUCAACUUCAGCUAAAGGAUUUCUAGUUGGUGGUUCAUUGUAGUCCUAGCUGAGUAUGAAAGGGUAAAUAGUUGGGGUCAGUUGAGGCAUCUUGUCCUUGUCCUUCAGGUCAUAGCUUGUCCAGUCUCCGGUGUGGUUGAAGUCUCUGGUGAUCCAGUAGCCAGAAUAUUUGGGAAGAGAGGGAGAUGGACCCCCAUUACAGAAACUUGGUUUUGUUGCUUCUGCAUAGCAAUGUGGUCGAGAACCAGGAUAUGCUCUUUUUGGCAAGUGGUUGUCCCUGGCAAAGGUGUUCUCUUAAAGUUAAUGUCCAAGUUUAAUCUACUUCUAUUUUCUUAGCUGUUAUACAAGUCACUACAGCGUCCUUAAUACUGUUUGUGGGUGGGUGUUUUUUUGGCGCUUCUACCAAAACCGUCGUUAUCUUGCCCAGCUUGUAGUUUUAAGAGAUAUGGGGAUUUUCUUUUUUCCUUUCUAUUGUAAGUGCUUGCUGUGAUGAUUUUGAUUUUAAUUCUUUCCGCCUCUUUUUUGCCUCAAAAUGUCUUCUCAGGUGGUUUUUUUUUCUUUUGCAAAAAGGAAAUACCAUUUAGAAAUGUGUCAUGCAUAACUGUCAAAAGAACUUCUAUACUAAAGAAAGAAAGAUUCAAGUAUCAUCUAUAAACAGUUUUGUUGUAUUUUGUUGUGAUUAUAUGCUUA